GGCGGGGGGAGGGGGUGAGACCGAAGCGCACGUCCUGUACACGGCCGGCAAGGUCCAGCUGCACUGGCUCCUCGCUGCUGUGGUGCCUCCGGGGGGAAAUUAAAUUGUUUCAAAACAACCCAAUAAGAGGAGGUGAAGUGUUAGAGGAGAGGAGAUGACGGCUGAGUUUUAGAAGCCAGAGUUAGUGAGGAAGGACAGGCGGGAGGAGGCGAGAGAGAUGGCAGUGCAUGUUUUCAAAUGCCUGCGCCGACCCGGGCGCUAGAACCACCAACAGGUAGUGUGACACAGUGGUUUCCCAGUGUUCUGAAAAGAGAGUAAUGGACUAUGAAGAGGCUGACGUGUCCCCCGCUGACACCCCCAUCAUCAGAAGAGGAGGAGCUUUGUCCAAGAAAACACAUCUGACCCAGAUUGAAGUUAUUCCGUGCAAGAUCUGCGGUGAUAAGUCGUCAGGAGUGCAUUAUGGAGUCAUCACGUGUGAAGGCUGCAAGGGAUUUUUCCGGCGCAGCCAGCUGCCCUCUGUGUCCUACUCCUGCUCCCGGCAGAGUAACUGUCAGAUUGACCGGGCCAGCCGAAACCGCUGCCAGCACUGCCGUCUGCAGAAGUGCUUGGCACAGGGCAUGAGCAAAGAUGCUGUGAAGUUUGGACGGAUGUCCAAAAGCCAGCGCGAUUCUCUGAUUGCUGAAGUGGAUAAGCACCGUCAGCAGCAGCAGCAGCAGCAACAGCAGCAGCAGCAGCAGCGGCAGCAGCAGCUUCAGGGAGAUGCCCAGUCUGUGUUGUCCUUCCCCAACAAAGCCAGACAAGACCGCUCGUCCCAGCUCCUUCAGCCCAUGACUUCGGCCUAUUCCUUCCCCGGUGAUGCCGAGCUGCUGUCCUACACUGCUGAUGUCCAUCCUUACCUGGUGUACUCUGCAAACGAGUCGCAGGGGCUGAUCUACAGAAGCUCCAGCAUCUCCCCAACCUCCAGAUCCCAGAGUAGGGGAGGCAACAGUGGACACCCUGACAUAAGAGGAUUUGAGUCGAGGCAGCCACCCCAUGAUCUGAUGGCGCUUCAUCCCUACAGCUCUCUGGAGGAGUCUUACAGUAUUUAUUCUCACUCUCUGCGAAACAUAGAUGAGCUUUGUGCCAGCAUUGUGCGUUCCCACCGAGAGACCAGCCAGUACAGAGUGGAGGAGCUGCAGGCUCUCAAAUGGAAACUCUUCAGCAGAGAGGAGAUUCAGGCCUACCAGAGCAAAUCCGAGGAUGACAUGUGGCAGCACUGUGCGAUUCAACUGACCGAUGCCGUGCAGUAUGUGGUGGAGUUUGCAAAACACAUCCCAGGUUUCCGCACACUCAGCCAGAAUGACCAGAUUGCCUUGCUGAAGACAGGCUCCAUGGAGGUAGUUCUGGUCAGGAUGAGUCGCUCUUUCAACACAGAGAACAACACGGUUUUCUUUGACGGGAAAUUUGCUGGAAUUGAAGUGUUCAAGUCUUUGGUGUGUGGUGAUUUGAUCACAGCGGUGUUUGACUUUGCUCAUGACAUGUGUGCUCUGAAGCUCACGGAGCAGCAGAUCGCUCUCUUCAGUGCUCUGGUGCUGAUCAACGCAGACCGACCAUGUCUGGAGGACAGGAGCAGGGUCCAGCGAGUACAAAGAGGCGUGGAGUUAGGACUCACACACAUUCUACACCGAGACAACCAAGAAAGUCUCUUGAACAAGCUCUACCAGAGGAUGGCAGUGUUACGCUCACUAUGCCUUCUUCACAUGCAGAAUCUGCUUUGGUUCAGUCAGCGUUACCCCCACACUGCUCACUCCCUGUUCCCUCCGCUCUACAAGGAGCUGUUCGCCUCUGAGGCAGAGCUGCUGCCAGGGACCACUCACUGAAGACAGACACACACACACACACACUUUUACCUUAUUACUUUCUCACAGAAUCUAUUUUUCUAAUAUUGAGAAUAAAUGAGAAAACCACAGUAAUCAUAGCGUGUUCAGUGUUACAUGACUUCCAGCAGAGCUUUGUUUUUGAUAGAUGAUUUCAAACUUAAAGUGCUGUUUUCAAUGUUUUCAAAGACUAAAUCUAACAGCUUUUACUCCCUUUGUGUUUUGUUCUUCUUUGAUGCGACGCUGUCGUCAGGACGAGGGGGUCGAUUUUCUCUCAGGUUGUUCUGUUGUGUUUCUGUGCAGUUACAGCAACUGUGUGCCGCUGUGUUGUCAGGCAGAGAGAUGCAAAGCAGCAGGACAGAGUCUGCGUGUUGUAAAAGUUCAAAUCCAUUCAAAACGUUGAGGGUGUGGGUGACUUUGGAAAAUGGUAAAAGAAAACAUAGAAUAUCAGGUAAAAACAAAAAAGACCUCUAACAUCAAAUGUCCUCACUAGACAAACAGAUUUGUACAGCAUCACAUCUUGCAAAUAAUAAUACAGCUAUACUUUUGUCAUACAGCCAACAGUGUUAUCUCUUUAUGUCCCAAAUUCAGUGCACUGCACUCUUCUCUUACAUUAGUUUGUCCAAAGUAGAGCAAUCUGGUAUUAAAGACUUAUACUCAGUGUUAAAGAUAGAUUCUGUACAUCUGUAGUACCCUUAAUAUGUUGUGUUUUUAAAAAUGUAAAAUGUGCAAAAUGUUUUUAAAAGUUGAAAAGAUUUGAUCCACAAAACCUGAAAAAUGUGAUGUGAUCACACCUAUAAAACACUCUCCACUUACAUGUGAUCUGUCACUGGCAUUAAAAAGCAACAACUUGCCUCUCUGCACAGAUCGGCGUCACAUAUUGACUUAAAAGUCCCACGAAGCAGCAGGGCCUCUACAUUUUCUCUCGUCUGUGUUUGAAUGUCACAGACACUGUAGAGUCUACAGUGUAGACGAUGCUUUCUCUUUCUUUUUUUUGUAUCAGAUCAACUUGCAUAUGUUUUUUUGUUUUCUCAAAUUGCUCUUUGAAUAAAGCCAUGAGAAAAGAGGAGAUGGUGAGAGGGUUCAGCAAUAAGC